CGGCUAUGAGAAAGUUGUUUAAAAAAUAAUAAUUGAAAUUGAAAUUCACAUAUAUUUAAAACGAAUUCAUAUCAAGCAAAUAAUUCCAUUUUGCGCAUUCCAACCCAAGCACUAUGCGCAACACACUCACGUCUGGCUCGUUCGUUUGGCGCAUCGUCUCGCUUCUGCUGCUGCUUUGCACGCUCGGUGAGCACAAAGUCAAAGCCCAAUUCGGUUACUUUCCCGGCAUUUAUGGUGGCUAUGGUGGUGGUUACGGUGGUCUUGGCUACGGAAAUGGCCUUGGCGGCGGUGGUGGUUAUGGUGUGUAUCCCGGCCUUGGCGGUUAUCAGCCAUAUCCCUCCUACUUUGGUGGCGGCUAUGGCAACAUGUAUCCGUGUUACAGUGGCUACUUGUGUAGUGGUGGUUAUCCUGGCUAUGGAGGUUAUCCAUUUUACGGCAAUGGCAUGAAUACGGCGUACGCAAGUAGCAGUGGUGGUGGCAUGGCCAGUGCAUCGGCCAGCAGUGGUAGUGGCUUUUUUGGUUAGUGCAUGGAGCGUGCGUGUGUGCAGUUCUCAAACUUCGUUGCAGAAGUACAAUACAAAUAUACAUUUACGGGUUUUAGAGAUAAGUUAGAAUAGUUUUAGUUUGUAAAAAUCGUUCUGUUAUUGCUAUUGUUUUCGAAUUUAUUUGGACCU